GCCGCCCAGGCCGCCGCCGCCGCCGCCGCCGCCGGGAGCUGCAUUUUUAUUCAGGCGACGCUUAAGGGAGCCCGCCGCGCCCGGUGCAUUGUGGGAGCGCCGCGGCCCGUUUUCGGGAGGAGGCGGAGGGCGCAAAGCGAGCCGGUGGAUCGGAAGUAGAAAGCCCAGUUGGUUGUGAGAGAGGACGUGGUGGGGCUGUGAGGUGUUUGGCCCCAGAACCAUGUCUGCUCGGGAGUCCUUUAACCCGGAAAGUUAUGAAUUGGACAAAAGCUUCCGACUAACCAGGUUUACUGAGUUGAAGGGCACAGGCUGCAAAGUGCCCCAAGAUGUCCUGCAGAAAUUGCUGGAAUCUUUGCAAGAGAACCACUUCCAAGAAGAUGAGCAGUUUCUGGGAGCGGUCAUGCCACGGCUUGGCAUUGGAAUGGAUACUUGCGUCAUUCCUCUGAGGCAUGGUGGUCUUUCCUUGGUUCAAACCACAGAUUACAUUUAUCCUAUUGUAGAUGACCCUUAUAUGAUGGGCAGGAUAGCAUGUGCCAAUGUCCUCAGUGACCUCUACGCAAUGGGAGUCACAGAGUGUGACAAUAUGCUAAUGCUCCUUGGAGUCAGUAAUAAGAUGACCGACAGGGAAAGGGAUAAAGUGAUACCCCUAAUUAUACAGGGUUUUAAAGACGCAGCCGAGGAAGCGGGAACAUCUGUAACAGGUGGCCAAACGGUAUUAAAUCCCUGGAUUGUUCUGGGAGGAGUGGCAACAACUGUCUGCCAACCCAAUGAGUUUAUCAUGCCAGAUAAUGCAGUGCCAGGGGACGUGCUGGUUUUGACAAAGCCUCUGGGGACGCAGGUCGCCGUCGCUGUGCACCAGUGGCUGGACAUUCCUGAAAAAUGGAAUAAAAUUAAGCUAGUGGUCACUCAAGAAGAUGUAGAGUUGGCAUACCAAGAGGCAAUGAUGAACAUGGCACGGCUCAACAGGACAGCUGCAGGACUUAUGCACACAUUCAAUGCCCACGCAGCCACCGACAUCACAGGCUUUGGGAUUUUGGGCCACGCACAGAACCUGGCCAAGCAGCAGAGGAAUGAGGUAUCGUUUGUGAUUCAUAACCUUCCUGUGCUUGCCAAGAUGGCUGCCGUGAGCAAAGCCUGUGGAAACAUGUUUGGCCUCAUGCAUGGGACCUGCCCGGAGACAUCAGGAGGCCUUCUAAUCUGUUUACCACGUGAGCAAGCAGCUCGGUUCUGUGCAGAGAUAAAGUCCCCCAAAUACGGUGAAGGCCAUCAAGCAUGGAUUAUUGGGAUUGUAGAAAAGGGCAACCGUACCGCCAGAAUCAUAGACAAACCCCGGAUCAUCGAAGUCGCACCUCAAGUGGCCACUCAAAACGUGAAUCCUACGCCUGGCGCUGCCUCUUAAUCUAGAUAGAACUAGCUAUUUGGUUUUGUUUUUAAAUAGAUCUAUUUCCUUUAUCAUUACUUCAAUUAAAAGACUAAGAACAACACAAAUUUCAUUGUGUCUACACAUCUGAUGACCUUAGGUCGGUUUGUGAGUGGAUGCAAUUAAUAAAAUGAAAUCCAUGGCCUUCUUUUCCUGUUACAUUAACUGAAGAUGCACCCAAUCUUGAGGCAGCUUCUGAGUUGAGAAUUAUAUUGUUAUCCAAUACUGUUGAUUCAUUUUGAAUCUUUAGACACGUAUCUCUUGCCGCAUAGGCUCUUUCUAAAGGUGCUUUCACACAGCACAGACAUUACCGUGAGUAGUGUCACAUGGCAGUUUGUGUCUUCACUUCAUGUAUAUUUAUCAUAUCAGUCUUUUUCUUUUAACUGUCUUGGAUGGUGUUCUGGAAAGACAGUUCGUGAGUGACAUGGCCGUCUUGUGGUAGCAGGAAGGUUGCAUGCUCCCUUUGGGUCUUUGGCUUGUGAAGCUGAGUCUAAUAAUUCAAGAGCAUUUCUUUGGCCCGGGACAUUCUCCAAUCUCCAAUAGUGCAUUCAGUUAAUAAGGCAAGUGCUUGACUCCGCAUGGAAAGCACUUUGAAAACAAAAGAAACUACCCUCCAUUUUUGUUUUUGUUUUUUUGUUGUUGUUGUCGUCGUUUUUGGGGUUUUUUUGGUAGCUUUCCUGAUACCAUUAAUGGUUUUCUUUACUGAUAGCAAAAAAGGAUACUUUUUGCAAUGUAAUUAGAUGUUCUAUAGUGCAACAAUUGCCUUCCGUUGGGGGCUUCGUGUAUAAUACUCAUUUACAACUCAAUAUAUAAUUACACGGAUAAUUUUUAAAUAUAAUCAGUAAUAAAGACUGUUCUGUGGAUGGUAGUGUUUAAUACAUUUUAUAUUUUGUAUAGUGAUUUCAGGCCUUUUGUUUUCUUAAAAUCAGCAGCUCUUUAGCCUAAUUUUCAGCAUUAUUUUGUCCUUUGCUCCAGUACUUUAUUUGUGUGUGCACGCUUUUGUGAACUGUGUUAAGGAUCUGCAUUGCCAACAUUGCAGCUUGAACUUAAAAGUUGUUAUUCAAAUAAAUAUUUAAUUUUUUAA